AUCGAUUCGAUGUUUGGCUCUUCCGGUGACGGGGGACAAAUUCUCAGAAGCACCCUGCUUCUUAGAAGGCGCAGGCCUUGUCUAUAGAUGUAAGGCCGGCGCCUUCUAAGAAGUAGUAAGAAACCUUCCCCCCUCCCCCAAUUCCUCUUCGCGCGCCGCCAAGGAGAGUUCUGGGAGCAGUGCGGCUACCUCCUGGGGAAGGGCACUGCGGCGGGCCGGGCCGCGGCGGCGGGGGGCGGCGCGGCGGAGGGGGGCGGCGCGGCGGGGCUCUUCGCGAGGACGCUGGGCCACGCGGUGUUCCGCGACCCCGCGAGGGUCGCGGAGGGGCGGGAGGACGCCUUCCCCUUUGUGCCAGAGGCGCGGUCCGCGGAUGCCGUGCCGCUGGCGAGGAGGCUGGCCAUGUUCCUGAGCGGGACGAACGAGGCGGGCCCCGCCGUGGCCGCGCAGGAGCUCCGCCUCGACGCCUGCUCCCAGCAGCUGCGGGCCUACCUCGCCGACCUGCCGCGCCUGCGCGAGGCGCUGCGCGACCCCGUCGCCGCGCUGGAGAGCCGCCUGCGCGCCGCCCGGGCCGCCGAGCGGCGGCUCUCCCGACUGCGAAGAAGCCGCAGCGCGGCGCCCUCCGCGGGUGACAAGAGCAUGAAGGCUGACAAUCAGCUCGUCAAGGCUCCUGCGGCCGUCGGAGGCAAGGGCUCUGCCACUGAGCCCACGCCUCUGGCCAAGCUUGAGGCGGCCACUCUUGUCGCGGAAGAUCCAGCUCUUCGUUCGGCGUUGCAGGCUCAGAUCGAUAAGUUGAAGCAGGCCCAAGGGACCUCUCAGAGCAGCGACACCUCGCCCGAUGAAGCAGUCAAACGUGCAUCAGGAGCAGUACGGGAUGCCACGCUGAAGCACGACCAGGCCAUCCAGUCCCUCAUCAAGGCCAGGAACAACUUGUCGCGAGCGGAGGCUCGCGAGAAGGAGACUUCGCUGGCACUUGCGCGGGCUGAACGGCAGAAGUUGACGGCCUCUAAGGCCCUGGCGUACAUCAUGGGCAUCGCAGCUCCAGAAUCUGGCAAGGAGGGCUUCUUCGGAGUGUGCUUCGAUGAGACUUUCUUCCAGAACAUAGACGGCAUUCCAGGUAUUACAGACACCGAGAAAGACGAACUCAAGGAGAUCGAGCGACAGCUCAAAGGCUUCAAGACGCAGAUGGAGACCAAGAAUGAGGAGAUCAUGACCUGGGUCAACAAGAAGGAGCAGAUGCAGAAGCAGCUUCACGACAGGAGUCUCCUGAAGCUCAACUCCAGCGUGAAGCUGAUCGUAUUAGUGAAGUCAAGCUACAGGCAGCGGAGAAGGCAGCGGCAGCCAAGGCGGGUCGGCACAUCGGAGCGCUUCGACGUCGACUACGGCUUCUGA